UCGCGCGCAGGGAUGUUUGACCGCGAGCGCGGCUGGAGCGUCUCCUUCGCCGGCUGCGGCUUCCUGGGCGUCUAUCACAUCGGGGCGGCCACCUGCCUGCAGGAGCGCGCCCCGCACCUCAUCCGCGACGCCCGCAAGAUCUUCGGCGCCUCGGCCGGGGCCCUCGCCGGCGCCGUCCUGGUCGGAGGCGGCUCUCUGGCUGAAGCUUGUGCAGAUGUUCUGGGGUUAGCCAAAGAAGCCAGAAAGCGAAGUCUUGGUCCACUUCAUCCUUCUUUUAAUGUGAUUAAGAUAAUAAGAGAUGGACUAUUCAAAAACCUUCCAGAAAAUACUCACCAGUUGUCAGCAGGCAAGCUGUGUAUUUCCCUGACCAGAGUGUCAGAUGGCAAAAAUGUGUUGGUAUCUAAUUUUAACUCUAAAGAAGAAAUUGUUCAGGCUUUAAUUUGUAGCUCGUUUGUCCCUGUUUAUUGUGGCCUAAUUCCACCAUCGUUCAGAGGUGUGCGUUAUGUUGAUGGUGGAAUCAGUGACAACUUACCUCAGUAUGAAUCUAAGAAUACCAUCACGAUUUCUCCUUUCUCUGGGGAGUGCGAUAUUUGCCCAAAGGGGAACUCUGCAAACUUCCAUGAAAUGAAUGUUACUAAUACCAGCAUUCAGUUCAGCUUAGGGAACCUUUACCGUCUAACACAAGCACUCUUUCCACCAGAACCCAAGGUACUAGGAGAGAUCUGUGAACAAGGAUAUUCAGAUGCACUUAGAUUUUUGAAAGAAAAUGAUAUUCUUAACGAUUCAGUUUAUGUCGACUUGUCCUUAAAGAAAAACCCUCAGGAACUCAUAGAGGACACUGACUUUACAAACAAGAAAACUAUUCCACAGAGGAAGGGCACAGAGGAGAUGUUGAAGACAAAAAUGCUUAAUAACCAGCUAAAGCUAAACACAUGGCCAUUGGAUGAAAGAAUUUUUGAGCAUCUACCUCCUAGACUUCGUAAAGCAUUACAAGAAGCUUGUAAAGAGAAGAGCGGGUUCUAUGCCCAGCUCUCUAAACUCUUACCAAUGCGAGUGAUGUCUUAUCUGAUACUGCCAUAUACCCUGCCAGUGGAGUCUGCCUAUUCUGUUGCUUUAAGGUUAGUAGACUGGUUUCCCGAUAUCCCUGAUGAUUUUCAAUGGAUGCAGGGACAACUACGUCGGAUUGUUAGUACAGUUUAUUCUCGGGCAAGAAAUAAGCUACUCAGUACAUCCAGUAAAGAGAGCUGUGCAUCACUAAGAAAAUGUCAGACUGUUCCACCUAAUGUAGAGUUCCAUUCUCCCUACUGCCAUUCUAAAGUGCCACACUCUGCUGCAGACCUUGAAGGUUGGCUCUGGGAUUUUCCAUACUGCAGAGACUCAGCAGGGAAGGAAACUUCUGUUGGUAUAAAGGGGCUCUCAGACUCUGAUUCUCAUCAUAUUUUCUUCAUGAAUUCUGAAGAAUCUGGCUUGGAAACGGAUUUUGACUCCUCCUCAGACAAGAGUUUCCAAACUACCUCAGAAGAUUAAUUUUGAAAGCUCUGAAAUCCGUCUGACAGAGAAGCUUAAACCUUGUGAACCGAACUCAUUCUUCUAUCUUGCCAAUAAGUAUUGGAACACUGUUUUGUUUACAGCUCAAUGACAAAUUGCCUUUGGGGCCUUUACAAUGCUAAGGAUUAUACAAAACAGUUGUCACUGUACUACGUAACAGUCACAUUCUUGUUAAUCUAUUAAAUCACCGGCUUCAUUUCAGAAUUACAGUAACACAAUAUCUGGAAAAAGAUUUCACUCUAAGCUACAUAAAAUCAAACACUAUAAAUUACUUGUUCUACACUGAAACAAGCAUUUAUAGAAAAGUUGCAUUUUAAAAGGCAUGCUUUUAAAUAAUAAAUGUGUAUGGUGGUGUUAAAUUAAUUUUUAGCACUUGCAUGAAAUCAGGCAACUUGUACUUUAUAAAGGGAAAUGUACAUAAGGAACUUUUUGAGGGCCUCCAGUAUCUGUGUAUUUGCCUUUUGUUUAAAUGUACUGUUUUGUGGAAAAAAGGCACCAACUUUGAUUACAUACUGUAACAUACAAUUCAUAAUGUAAUCCAAGUUCACCAUUCCCAACAAGUUUUACAAAGUGCCUCUUUUCCUUAAGUAUUGAGAAGGAAAAAGUCACAAGAACUGGGCCACAUUUAGCUGUAAGUGUUAAGGGGCACAACUCUAUUGACUUCAGUGGAGUUGUGCAUGCUUAGCAAGGGCUUAAUUUGAACUAAUGUUUUUAAAGAUAUUUUAAAAAGAAAAAUCUCUAGACCAGUGGUCUUUUGAAAAGACAGUAUCAUUGAGUGGAACUGUAUAGAGCAACAAUUAAGUUGUCAAAAUACAACCAUUGCAAAACAUCUUUGUGACAUUACAUUAUGACUGAACAGUGUCAGGCUUGCGCUCUGAUUUGUGGAUUAUAGACAUCUUCUGUAAAAUGGAAAAGGAGGCCGCCUUCUUUUUUUUAUUCCUUGGAGGAGCAGAAAGGGGAUCCCAGUGAUUCCAUUCUGUUUGUUUAGCACUUCUUGUGUUAACUUAUCUCAAGCAGUGUAGGGAAAUUUCUUAACAUUUGUGCCCUUCUUGAGAUCAGAAUGAAUAAGCGAAGUUCAAAACAAAUGUGUUGAUAUUGUUACCCUUGUAUUAUACCAUAAAGAGCUGCAUGCAGGUCUAAAUCAACUGUUUAAAAAUAAAAAA